AUGGAACUUCGCAAAUGGAAUACCAAUUCCAGCCAACUGCAGAACCUAUUCAAUCAAAAGGAGGGGAACGUCGAUAAUUCACCUCACAUCACGUCAAUCAAGUCCCACGAAGUCACAAAGGUACUGGGACUGGUGUGGGACAAAACCACAGAUUCCUUCACGUUCUCUAGUGACCAUCUCUUGGAGAUUCUCUCGACAAACAUGACUACAAAACGCUUCGUCCUCAGAGCCUCUGCUAGGAUCUUCGAUCCCCUAGGGUUCCUCUCACCUUACGUCAUACGAGUAAAGAUUUUGUUUCAACGUAUAUGGCAACAUGGUCUGGGAUGGGAUGAGGAACUACCAGAAGCACUACGGCAAGAGUGGACAACGUGGUGCGCCGAGUUAAAGGACUUGCCACGCAUCAUGGCUCCGAGACACUUACAGAAUGCGGAUGGUGAGAGCAAGCUGGAGCUUCACGUUUUCACAGACGCCAGCCCUCAGGCUUAUGGUGCCUGUGCCUAUCUUCGCGCCGUGGAUAGAAAAGAAAAUGUCAGCGUCACUCUGGUGUUUGCCAAGUCCAGAGUUGCUCCGCUUAAGACGCUGACCCUCCCACGACUAGAACUGAUGGGAGCCCUCUUGGGAGCACGCAUGGCUAAAUAUCUGUGUACUGUUUUGUUUGGUGUCGUAGUUACGCUAUGGUACUGGACAGAUUCAAUGAUAACCCUCGGUUGGAUUAAAGGAUCAGCAACUGCAUGGAAACCUUUCGUCGGUAACCGAGUGACAGAAAUACAAGCACUAAGCGAUCCCUCUAAUUGGCACCACUGCCCGGGCAGCGCGAACCCAGCAGACGCCCUAACUAGAGGGAAGACGGCAAUGCAGCUAAGUGCGUAUCAGUUAUGGUGGUCUGGGCCUGAGUGGCUUUCCCGAGAAGAAGGAAACUGGCCAAUUGGCAGUACCUCAGAAGUUGAAAACCUCAACGGAAUCGAUGGGGAGAGACGACAACAGGUCGGGGAAAUACUGCUGACCACUGUGUGUGCACCAACCGCGCUCUUGACAUUGGAGAAUUUCAGCAGCUAUACCAAGAUGCUGCGUGUCACAGCGUGGAUAAAACGAUUUGUUCAAGGUUGUCGUCGACAGAACAAGUCACCUGAACUGCCCCUAACGGCAGAUGAUAUUAGAGAUGCAGAAGCUUUCUGGAUCAAGAAUGUCCAACGAGAAUGCUUCGGCAGAGAGAUUCAGGAGCUGGUUCAAGGCGGAAGCAUCUCAAAAGGAUCGAGAAUAACCGAUCUGCAGCCCUUUCUUGACGACACAGGAACCUUGCGUAUUCGAGGCAGACUUCACCAAGCCACAGCCUCGGAGGAGCCCUUCACAGGACACCUGGGCUUGUGCAAAAUAGCGGAGAAGGUGCUUCGCAGGCACUUUGACAAGGCGGCCAAAGGAGGUCGAAACUGGCUACAAAGACUUCAGGCAGAGGCAAUGGCCAUCAUCUUCAUGACCCCGCUGUUUAAGAGCUUUGACCACCUCUUCCUGGCACAGACAAUCGAAAACCGGUCCCACUGCGCAAGUAUGGUAAAGACAAUGCUGGAAUACUUUUUCAAGCUGCAAAUCCACCACAUGUGCCGUCAGCAGAGUGCCGCAGAAAGAGGUCGCACCAUUCGACAGUUCUUGACGAAGUUGGUAAUCUUUCGCGGGCAUUGA